AUGGGUUUAUCUCCCAAGGGAUCUGGCAUGUAUCGUUAUAUUUUUAAUAUUAAUAUUCCGAUUGCGCAAAAUGACCUCCAAGGCAGAUGCCACUGUCAAGAGCGAUUUGAAGGUGAGGCAUGCGAAAUCGAACCAUGCUUACAUGGUGGCAGAAAAUCGAAAGCUGGCAAAUGCCAUUGUCCAUAUGGUUUAACUGGAAAAAGAUGUGAAACGGUAACACAAUGUAUCGAAGGGAAGGGAAAGCUGGAAAACGGUCGGUGUAAAUGCGAAGACCGAUGGACCGGAAUAUUUUGUCAGACUCGAAUGUGCCAUAAUGGAAUUUCUGUUGGAUCCGGAGAGCAGAUGGGUAGCUUCUGUCUUUGUGACAUUGGUUUCACUGGUCCAUUUUGUGAAACGCCAAUCGAAUGUAUUCAUGGCAGUAUUACGGUUGAAAAUAUUUGUUCCUGUGCUCCAAAUUGGGCUGGUGAAGAUUGCAAUCAAUGCGAUUAUGAUCACCAAUUGAUCGAUGGUGAUUGCAAAUUGAUUGCUGCAGAAAAUUCUUUGGUAGCCGUACGGAAUUCGAAAGCGGUCACAUUAUGGUCACUUAUUUUGGUAAUUGCAGCAGCAUCCUUUUCGACGAUACUUAUUGCUGCCUUACUUACCAUUUAUAUCAAGAAAUGCAAAACCAAACCGAGUAGGGUCGGUUCCGAUGCUGGAACUGAUGUUUAG